UUGGAGGUAUAGCAUUUGUCUUAAACUUUUCUAUUGGCACGGGCCUCCUUCUUGCUUGGAGGAGCCUCUCUCUGACUUCCAGGGAUGAGGUCGUCCAUCUCCUUGCUGAAUAGCGGCUCUGGCUUUCUGUGCUGGGGAGACCAAUGCUGACUGUCAGAUCUGGGUGCAGUGGCUGUGCUUUCAGGGACUGUAAAGAUGAGGCACUGCUACUACAAUGAGAGUGUGGGGUUUUUCUACAACAACAGCCGGAAGGAGCUGACCACCUACUGGAGGACCAAGGAUGUCUUGGUCGUUGCCCUGGGCCUGACAGUCAGCGUCAUCGUGCUCCUGACCAACCUGCUGGUCAUCAGCGCCAUCAUUAUCAACCGGCGCUUCCACUACCCCAUCUACUACCUGCUGGGGAACCUGGCGGCAGCGGACCUCUUCGCGGGCAUUGCCUACAUGUUCCUCAUGUUCCACACGGGGCCCAGGACAGCAGGGCUUUCUCUCAGGACCUGGUUCAUCCGGCAGAGCCUCCUGGACACCAGCCUGACUGCCUCGGUGGUGAACCUGCUGGCCAUCGCAGUGGAGAGGCACCAGACUAUCUUCACCAUGCAGCUACACAGCUCCAUGUCCAACCAGCGGGUGGUGAUCCUGAUCAUCUGCAUUUGGGUCACAGCCCUGCUGCUGGGCCUCAUCCCGUCCUAUGGCUGGCACUGCCUGUGUGACCUGGGCAACUGCUCCAGGAUGGCGCCCCUCUACAGCAGGAGCUACUUGACCUUUUGGGCCCUCUCCAACCUGUUCAUCUUCCUGAUCAUGGUGGUCGUCUACACUCACAUCUUUGUCUAUGUCAAGAGGAAGAUGACGAGCAUGUCCAAGCACACUAGCUUCCACCCCCGCUACAAGGAGACCAUGAUCAAUCUCAUCAAAACCGUCAUCAUCAUUCUCAGUGCCUUCGUUAUCUGCUGGACUCCAGGGCAGGUGCUGCUCCUGCUGGACGGCCUGGCCUGUGAGAGCUGCAAUGUGCUGGCAAUGGAGAAGUAUGUCCUCUUGCUGGCAGAGAUCAAUUCGCUCAUCAACGCCAUUGUCUACUCCUAUCGGGACAAUGAGAUGCGCAGCACCUUCCGGAAGAUCCUCUGCUUUAUCUGCUACAGGAAUCCCAAAUACUCUCCUGCAUCGGUCAAGUCCAAUGUCACGAAACGCAGGAUUCUCUCGCAGAACGGCCAUUCUAUCAUGGACUCCUCGCUGUAGGAGCCUAGCUCAGGGUUCAUUCACGCUGCUCCAUAGCAACCACCCGAGAGCAGAGACCAGGGGUGACCUGUUUGUCAAGCAGAAGAACGUUUAAAAAAAACGAAACUUGUUCGAAAGCAUAAAUGUUUGAAUAAAGAGUGGCGUCAGCAGAAUGGGGCGAAAAGCUGUUAAGGCAGUGCCGAGCAGUGCCUUGCUUGGCACAGACAGACUUUGAGUUACAUACCCACUAUUAAAGAGGUGCUGUUUUUAACAGCACUGUUGAUUUAAUCUAGUAGCCUCCAAAAGACUUGCUCCACGUUAACCAAGACACUUGUAUGAGUAUUUCUACACGAGACACGUAUUGUCUUAGUUCUUCAGUAUUACUACCUACAGGAAUGGUCAUUCCAGUGCUGUGGUAUUCCAGGGCCAGAGCCCAAAGUCCUUUUGCUUAAUCUGUCCUUACUUAUUGAAAUCAGCAAGAGCUUUGCUUGAGAUUUUUGCCUGAGAGACUUCUGACCCACAGAUUUUGAAAAUCCUGUUCUCUUUAAGGUGUCUCUAGGGAAGAUCCAGUUUAUGUGAAUUCCUUUAUGAGAAGCAGUUUGCUGCUUUGCUGACGUGUCUGUUACUGAAUUUCCAAGUAUUGUGGGCUUUUCCAGAAUGUCCGAGGAACACAUACCACUUUCCUGAGCUGGAGAGUUAAGCUGCAGCUAAAAGCUCCAAUAGCAUUGUUGUUCUGUUAAGUGUACUACACAGUACUUUAUGGUCUUGACUGCAAAUUCAUUGCCUAUUCAUGAAGAUACAGUGAGUCAUGUUCCCAUGAAACUAACCCUUUCUACUCACUAAGAGCCCUUCGACAGCUUUGUGUUGGAGUCUGAGGCAAUCAACACUUUCCCCUAGAUUUUAAUGUGCAAUUUGUAGCUUAACCCUCAAUUGUUCAAAUAGCAUGUAAACACCAUAAUUUCAAAUGUGGUCUUAAAGGCAAACCAAGACCUCUUUUUGUCUCCACGCAGCACAGAAACAAGAAGCAUUUCUCACCAUCAAUAUGCUUAGAGCCAAAUUCUCUGCUGGAGUAACUCCAUUGAUUUCAGUGGAUUUAUGGCACCAGAGUAUUCGGCUCUUGACAUGUAUGUGAACACUGCGAUGAUAUAAGUUGAUUGUCAUUUUGGUGCCCCCUUCUGGAGGAAGACAUUUUGCUAUAGAGAGAAUAUUUGUGACACUGGCUGUGUGGGAGACUAAACAAUUCUCCGAACUUCUUCCAUGUCAUUAACAAAACUUUAGGGUGAGAUUUGCAAAAGCACUCAGCAUUGGCCUGAGUCUGCUCCCUUGACUCCAGUGGGAGCAGAGGUAGACCAACACCUGUAACCUUUAACACAAAAUAUUUAAAUUUUUAAAAAAUUAAAGAGCCUGAUCCUGUCAGGUGCUGAGCUCCCUCAACUCCCACUGACAUCAGCACGUCUCAGGAUCGGGUCCAGUGUUGUUUGGGGGAUUGCUAAGCCCAAUAUGGAAGCCGAUGGAAAUUUGUUGUCUCUUCCCUCAUGUCCAAUGUUACAAUCGUAGUUACUUCUGUUUAGCUAGAUGACUGUCACCAGCUGUGGCUCAGAAAUCCAGAUACAACUAAGAAACAGCUUUCAAACAUGUUGCAUAGCUUAGUCAUGCUGGGAGAGAUAUGUUACCUUUUCAACUUCCGGCUGAGGGAAAAUGGGCAGUGCUUUGCUUGACUGGCAGAGGAUUUUUGUAUCUAAAUAUUUUCCACCAAAAAGAAAAGAGAUUAACCCUGUGGAACAGCUGCAGUUGCACCCUGGGCUUUGUGGGCUAAAUUCUCCGCUGGUGCAGAUUAGCACACCUCCAUUGAAGUCAAUGGCCAAUUUCCACUAGCAAUGAGGUGGGUCCUCUAUUUGUAGACUCCUGGGGAUUUGUCACUGAUGGUCUGCUGGGCCCAGUACAAACCUAACAAUUUUUCUACAGCUUCUGCAAAAAGUCUUGAAGCAGCAAGGCAAUAAAAGUUCCUUUGUCUGAAAAGCAAAGCAAAAUUAAAUUAGAAAUAUUUGUCCAGGCUUCCUCUUUUAUUAAAAGGGAAAAAUAAUUAAAAGUGUACAUUCGUUGUGGUGCUUAGCUGUGGGAUUGGUACUAAAAUUAUUUCCAGGGGGAAAACACACUGACUGUGCUGCAUGCUAGUUAUGAAUGAAUCUUUGUAGUGGAUGAAAUGACACGCAGCCCUUCAAGAACUGCAGUUGGCUUUUAUGCCCAAUUGGGCCUUUAAUAAGUUGUGCACAUUCCUCCCAGAGAACUCGGCUAACUAGCCUGACCUCACCCAGUCCGCUGGGCUGCAGCUGUUGCACUGUUACAGAGAGCAAUAAAGUCCACUCUUACAAGUGGAUUCCUGCAGGUGUCUCAGUAGAGGAAGGGAAGCUAAUAAUAAUCAUCAUUUUUCUUUAUUUGACAUUUUACUGCCACCAUAUAGAAGCUCAUCUUUGUUUUUCUGUAUUUUUUUUACUAGUUUAUUUAAAACUAGCCUGAAAGCCGAACCUGUAUUAGCCGUGACGGAUUGUUGUACGUGAGUUCUUGUUGAUUCUAAUGGCUUGUGCCAGCCAGACACUCCCCUCUGA